AUGAGUAGGAAACUUGAUUUACAGUCAAUAUAUCUAACAAUAUCAUUACUUAUCCUACUAAUAUCCUUACUGAAUUGCAUAGAGGGUUUUUUUACAAGAAAUCAAAAUGAUGCAUUACUCACUUGGAAUUUCAAUGAAGAUGAUGGUAAUAGUGGAAAAAUACUAGAUCCAACUUCUCAGAUCACACCAUUGUCAGCAUCAUUUUGGAGUUAUUAUCUUGCAGAUCGUGUAGCAAAACGAAAUGGAGUUUAUUCUCAACGUUUAGGAAAAUAA